AUGGGUGGUGAUGACAGUAAAAGUCAGAGUUCUAAGACCAAUGAGGUCCAGAGGGUUGAAGUGUCUGUGCGAAGUUCAGAUGGAGGUUCUUUUAGGGAUUGUGUUGAGGAAGUUUCAACAAAUGAAGCCAAUCGCCUCCUCAAGAUGGAAGAGACCCUCCAUAAGCGGGUUAUUAGUCAGGAUGAAGCAGUCAGCGCUAUUAGGAGAGCUAUUCGUCGAGCUCGUGUUGGACUGAGGAAUCCUAAUCGGCCAAAUGCCAGUUUCAUCUUUUAUGGACCAACAGGUGUUGGAAAAUCUGAGCUCGUAAAAACUUUGGCGACUAGCUAUUUUGGCUCUGAAGAAUCAAUGGUGAGGCUUGAUAUGAGUGAGUUCAUGGAAGAGCACUCUGUUUCCAAGCUCAUUGGUUCUCCCCCUGGUUAUGUUGGUUACACAGAAGGCGGUCAGCUGGUUGAAGCCGUUCGUCACCGUCCUUACACUAUGGUGCUUUUUGAUGAGAUUAAGAAGGCUCAUCCUAAAAUUUUCAACUUGAUGCUUCAAAUACUUGAGGAUGGAAGAUUGACUGACAGCAAAGGCAGAAUUGUAGAUUUCAAGAAUACACUAAUCAUUAUGACGUCUAAUGUUGGAAGCAGUGAGAUUGAGAAAGGAGUGAGAUUUGACCUGGCCAUGGAUGAAGACAAGGAUUGCAGUUACAAACAAAUUAAGGGCUUGGUGACAGAGAAAUUGAAACACCACUUUUGACCAGAGUUCUUAAAUAGGUUGGAUCACUUGGAUGAAAUCUCAGUUUUUCGGCAGCUGACAACGUUGGAUGUAAAGGAAAUUGCAGAUAUAAUGCUAAACGAGUAUUAUGGAACGCUCAAGUCCAAAGAGAUAGAGAUUCGGGUGACAGAGAGGUUCAAAGACAAAGUGGUUGACGAAGGAUACAACCCAAGCUAUGGAGCAAGGCCUUUAAGAAGAGCCAUAAUGAGACUUUUGGAGGACACCAUGGCUGACAAGAUGCUGGCAAAGGAGAUCAAAGAUGGCGACUCAGUUAUUCUGGAUGUCGAUUCUGUUGGGAAUGUGAUUACGUUCAUCAAUGGCAGCACCAAGACAGAGAUAAAGAAAUAG